UGCAAAUUGAAUUAAUUAAUUUAAGUAAAAUGUAAACGCUCAGCAAAUAAAGGUAACAUAACUACCAACAUGGCCAGUUACUCGCCGCGUAAGAAACUGCCGGCGCCUGCAGACUUCGGCUUUCCUUACACGCCCUACGACAUCCAACAGGAUCUGAUGCAACAGCUAUUCCUGGUGCUGGAACGCAAGCAGAUUGGCAUUUUCGAAAGUCCCACUGGCACGGGUAAGUCGCUGACACUAACCUGUGGAGCACUCACUUGGCUGCAACAGCACGAGCAGCUUGUGCGUGAAGAGUUACUGGAGCGCAUCGAACUGGUGGAGCGUGAGCUGCGCACACUGCAGGCGGCUAGUGCGCAGGCGAAUGAUUGGAUAGCGGCGCAGGGCGCGACGCAGGUGCAGCGCCAAGAGCUUCAGCAGUUGCAAAGGCUGCGGACACUGCUGCAGCAAAGGGAGCGCGAGCUAGAAGAGAUCAGACAGCGCAAGGCGACACAAAAGCAACAGUUUAGGCCAGCACGCAAGGCCCAGGAUCAUUAUGAAUCAGUAGACCUGCCUGUCGAUGCGAUGCCCGCCUCAGACGAUGACGAGGAGGCGGAAGUGGCCGAAGAAGAGCAGCCGGCAAAGGACCAAGAGGAGCGCUACCGCGACGUACAAAUAUUCUACUGCAGCCGCACUCACUCACAGCUGGCGCAGAUUGUGGCCGAGCUGCGGAAGACACCGCAUGGCCGGCACGUGCGCUGCGUUACGCUUGGUUCACGACAGCAGCUAUGCAUCAAUGACCAGGUGCGUCGCCUGUCGAGUGUGGCUUUGAUGAACGAGCGUUGCCUUGACAUGGCCAGGAUAAAGCAAACGGCCAAUCCUAGCAAGAAACCCCGUCUGAGCAGUUCUACAGCAUCGUCACUUGGUCGUUGCAACCUUAAGGCGCCAGCAUUGCUACAAACUCUGAGCGAUGUGGCUCUGUGUGAGCCUCUGGAUAUAGAGGAGUUGGCCGCCCAAGGAGCUGCCUGUGGCGCAUGUCCCUACUACGCUGCACGCUCCGCCCAGACCCACGCACAGCUUGUCCUGCUGCCAUAUCCCCUGCUGUUACAGCGCAGCGCACGCCAACAAAACAGCAUCGAUCUGCACGGCGCCAUCAUCAUUGUGGACGAGGCCCACAAUCUGCUGGACACCAUAGCGCAGCUGCACAGCGCAGAGUUAACACUGGAACAGCUACAGCUAGCUCGCGACCAAAUUUUGGCCUACAAACAGCGGUAUGCGCGUCGUCUCAGCACCUCCAACAUGCUCUGCAUCAACCAGCUACUUUAUGUGGUCAAGCGGCUGCUCAAGCUGCUAGAGAUCAAGACUGAAGAUGAGCCGCGAAUGCUUCGCACCUACGACCUGGCCUCCGAAGGCGACUUCUACAACAUAGAUUUGUACGCGCUGCUGAGAUUCUGCACUCGCACCCGUUUCGCCCAGAAACUGCAUGGAUUCGGUCUGCAGCAGCAACGCGAGCCACGCCCCAGCGAGAAUCGCCCACCGUCCACGUUGCAGCUGCUCCACCGGCUAGCCACACAGCACCAGCAGCAGAGCUUGAGUGGUAAACUCAAACUGAACAAGCAAGAGCAGGACGAGGAUCAGGAGCAGGAACAAACACCACCAAUCCGACCUACUUCCACACCGUCUGCCCCUACGCCCUCACCCAUUCGUCCUUUACUGGCUUUUCUGGAGACGCUCACCAGCGAUGCAGCGGACGGUCGUGUGCUGCUUAAUCCCCGGAACGGCAAUAUGAAAUAUUUACUGCUCAAUCCCGCCGAGCAUUUUGAGGAUAUUGUGCGCGAGGCGCGUGCGCUAAUAAUUGCCGGAGGCACUAUGCAGCCCACCCAGGAAUUGACGACUCAACUCUUUGGCAACUAUCCGGAACGUGUGGUGCAGCAUUUCUAUAGCCAUGUGGUACCCGACGAUGCCGUGCUUCCUUUUGUGGUCACCACAGGACCCACCGGAGCCCCAUUGUGCUUUAACUACACGCAACGAGCCAGCUUGGCCAUGCUGAAUGAACUGGCUAUGGUGCUGCAGAAUCUGUGUGGCGUACUGCCCGCUGGUUUGGUGUGUUUUCUGCCCUCCUACGACUAUUUGGAAACGGUGUACGUGCACCUAGAGAAGUGCGGCGCUUUGGAACGCAUUGGACAGCGCAAACGCGUCUUCCGGGAGACGGCUGGUGGAGGUGGAGUGGAGCAGCUUCUGCAGCAAUACGCUGAGGCUAUAAAGCAAUCGUCAAAGGGAAAUGGAGCACUGUUGCUAAGCGUUGUCGGCGGCAAGUUGUCAGAGGGUUUGAAUUUUGCUGACGAUCUCGGACGCGGCGUUAUUGUUGUCGGCCUGCCUUAUCCAAAUCGGCAGUCACCUGAGCUGCAGGAACGCAUGCGUCAUCUAGACAGCAACUUGGGCACGGGCGCCGGCAACGAAUAUUACGAGAAUCUCUGCAUGAAGGCAGUCAAUCAGUGCAUUGGCCGAUCUGUGCGUCACAUACGCGACUUUGCCUGCGUUUAUCUGUUGGACGAGCGCUACGGCAAUGCGCGCAUCCAGCAAAAGCUGCCCGCCUGGAUUUCACGCCACAUUGUGGAGGCUACAGCGACGACUGGUGGUUUUGGCGGCGUGCAAGCUCGCACUGCGCGUUUCUUUAAGUUAGCGAGGAACUGAUUAAUUGUAAAAAUCAUUUAUACUUACUAUAUAGACAUGUGUACGUUCAUGUAAUUGUUCCUUGUGAUGUCCUUCUUCUUGUUCUUCUUUCCAGUGCCUUUAACAGUAUUUUUAAAAUUAGUAUAAUAGAAUACUCAUUUUUAUAGUUUAAGAAACACUUUCCUUUACACAU